AACGAUGUUCUUAAAUUUUAGUGUAUAUAAAAAUAUAAAACCCAAUGAUUUAUCAGGAAGAGAAUUACACAAAUGAUCAAUGGCAAUUAAUAAAUAAGGUUCUUAUUAUAAGCACAAUUUGAUUAUUAUUGGUAUUUAUCAUUACUGUAAUUCUCUUCCUUAUUCAUUCAUUGGGUAUUAUAUUCUUAUUAAAAUUUAAGAACAUGGGUAAUUCAUCCUAAAGGCCUCUCGCGGGUAAUUGUUUUCGAAAGUUCGUUCAAAUUGAAACCUGUUUAGUAGCCCUUUCAAAGCGUGCGAUCGAUCUGAUCUUUGGCAAACAUAAUCACGAAUGCUUUAGUUUGCAAGUCCUAAAAUAAAAAUUAGAUAUAAAUAAUCGGCGAGGCGCGACGCACGUGCAACUGAAAUCGCUGUUUUGGGGGUUUGGUACGAAAUCUAAAAUACUGCAGUUGCAAAGCACCCCAUUUUGCGUUGAGCUCAGUUCCACUUGAUGUGUUAUUUGACAAGCGGACACAGAAUCUAUUCCUUGGAAAUAUCGAAAAAAGCGAGUGUCAAUUUCUAACUUACUCUUCCAUAUUUCCAAGGAAUCGAUUCGCGAGAGGCCUUAAAUUGUCCCAAAAAUAAGAACGGCCCAGCCUAAUCUGAAAAAUAGACGUUGUUAUAUAAAAAAGAGUGUAUUCAUUCUCGUCGCUAUCUUGUUUUAUAAUUAAUCGAAUGUCUUGCUGUUAUCUUGUCUCAUAAUUAAUCGAAUAUCUUGCUGAUAAAAACACCGCCCCACAGCGGUUACCGCUACUAAUUCAAAAUCAGCUGCAUAUAAAAAGCGAGGUUUGGUUGCAUUUGUGAUCAUCGUUUUUGAGCUGUUUUGAACAACCACCUAAAAGCUUAUAUAGCAAUGUUUGAAUGAUGAUGUCUUUCAGCUUUGCUUUGGUAAGUGUUUUGGCAAUCGCAGCCACUACACUAGCUGGAAAUACAGACAGCGAAACAAAAGCUAGAAGGUUUCAAGAAGGGAAAAAAGUAGAGGUGAUGUUCCCGAAAGAAGAUGAAGAAAAGCACCAGAAAGAUGGUGAAGUCCCCUUGAAGCAUGUAAAAGAACUGUAUGAUAGAAAAGCUCUUUCCAAGCGAUUGGGACGACAUUUUGGCAGACGGUACUACAACGAGGAACUAGAGGGUAAAAUCGACUUUUCCAUGGCAAAAUAUCUAACCAUUUCCAAGCAAAGAUUCUUACAAAAUAAAAAUUCUUACAAAGUAAAAAGUAUUUCGACUAAUGGAGACCCCACAACUACUGAGAAAAUUGCAACCACGCCUCAAAGAGAAGAGUCAGAAGCGAUAUUUCCGCGAUUGAAGAAGAUCUCAAAAGAAGGACUGCACGCAAUCAGCUCACAUCACACAUUGACCUCGGCCAAUGAUCCUCAAACUUCGACAACAUUCUACAGAGAUGAGAAAAAAAAGGAGCCACACGAAGACAACAGCGUGCGAAACCAUGCAGGCAAUCUACCCACCUUGUUGACAAGAAAAAGUAAAAGAAGUCCGAGAUCUCUGCUUGCUGAAAGUGGCAAGAACUUACAAAACAGUAGCGGUAACCUUGAUCCCAGAAUAACAGUUUGCGAGACAAAAUUGUCAUGUAAAAACAAGUGCCACAAUCCACCAUCCCUCUCGUUUAGCCUUGAGCUAAUUUGCUACUGCGACCAUCAGUGUGAGCAGUUUGUGGACUGUUGCGCGGAUUAUGAACACUUCUGCAAACUAAACGCGACUGGAAAUUUUACAAUUUCCAAGGACAAUAUUUCCAUGAAUUCUUACAUCGGCCUCCAGUCAGCACAGGGAUCGGCAACAGGACCAGGGAUAUCAAAAGGACCAGGCCAAGGGAUAAUGCCAGGAUCACCAGCUUUACCGGGCAAUAGCCCGGUUCUUGUACCAAAAGCGCCAAAUCAACCCAGCCCAAACUUGUUAGCAACAGCUUCACCCAAUACAACAUCCACUCCAGUACCGGGCAUGGUAUCGGGGAUGGGACAAGGAGCAAUGCCAGGGCCACCUGGAGACAAGGGUAUAGUCAGAGGAGGGAACCCAUAUCCGGGGACCACCCAAGCACCCGUGAAUGUGGACGCUCCUGUAGAACCUAAGGUCCAUUGGUCUUGCGAGAAGAUUGGCAAACAGCGUGUUUGGAUGAUAAACAAAUGCCCAGACGAUUAUCAAAUUAUGCCCACAAAACAGCGAUGCGAGUUUGUGGAUCGUUUGUCCAAGAAAGAAUCGGUUCAGGACUUGCUGGAUGCCAGACCUGUGUAUACGAAUGAUGGCAAAGUUUACAAGAACCACCACUGCGCAUAUUGUAGUGGCCUCCAUGAGCAAGAUCUCAAGGUGUACGAUAUUUCUUAUGACUGUGACGUCUCCGCCCCUGAAUCAAUGGCUAUAGAACAGAAGCUAGGCUUCCUACUAAGGCACUGCGGUAACAAAAUCUCCUGGGUGAUCCCAUCUGGCAGUCCAAGGCGCCUAUGCUUUGAGGUAGAGUCGUGCUCAAAUCUAACCCAUUGUGGUGAUAGGUGCUCAAAUGGAACCGUUGGAAUAGUUUCCAGAAGGUCGGCUGUUAACCUCAGAAACUCUUUUUGCUCAAACGAGAAGCAUUUUCUUGAAUGUGGACCAGUGGAAUCGGAACGCUCAAGUCCCUACACUCCCCCACCUUUCUCAAUCACCUUCAAUUUCGAAGGAAAUGGUCGAUGGACAUCAGGAAUAAAGUGUAGACCAGGCCUUGAGUACAACCCCGACAUGGAGACGUGUGAACAAGGCUUUAGCUCUUUUGCACCGCUUCGUUCAAACAUUGAGAAGUACAGAGUAUUGCUUUGGGUCAGACUUGACUUUGGAUGUUCCGUACCGAAUGAGACCAUUGCUUCAGUACUUCAUCAGACAUUUUCUGGCAGCUGGAGUUUUUCUAACAUUAAGACAACACAUGAAUUGAGAUUCUUGAAUGUAGACUUCGAUGUAGAGCCAAGAGAAGAGAAGAGAGAAAGAAAAAGAAGAGAUAUCGCGAAAGGUAUAAGCUUUGAUCGAGUGCUUCACUUUUCCUCUCCAUUUAGUAUGAUUAUCAAUGGUACAGAAUGCGAAGUUUUCAAAGCUACGGCAAGAAUUCUUUCAUGCUCCGAUCUCAGGCAGUACAAUCAGAACGAGUACACCCCAUUGCUGUCCGGCUCCGUCUACAUCAAUUCGUCUGGAGAGGUCUUCCACGCUAGAUACUACUACACAAAUGGGACUAAUGUGACAACUGGACCUAUCCACGUGUGUCAUGCUGGCCGACGCGAGUCUAUUUGCUCAGGGGUCUUCUCAAGGGUGGAACAAUUUACUAUCUUUCCAAAUCAAUCCAUUUAUGUCGAAGCUUCAGCCAGAACAUACAAUAAAUCUGAAUACUUUGUAGAUAAUGGCGCUACCUUUGUUUGUACGGAUCUCCCUCCUAGGCGUGAGAAGACCUGGGCAGAUGACCCCGCCCUGUCAUGGCUGACGCUUAUGUGCAUGUUACUGUCCAUCGCUGGACUCGUCUUCUUCCUCGUCACCUACCUCCUUUUCAGCGAGCUCCGCACGAUACCGGGUGUCAACCUGAUGAAUCUCGGCUUUUCCACCCUACUAGCACAGGUCACGUGGCUCACAGGUGUCAAUCAGACAGACAAACCAGUCACGUGCACAAUUGUUGCCGCUUCGCUGCAGUACUUCUACCUGGUGUCAUUCAUGUGGACGUCAAUCAUCGCGUAUGACACUUGGAGGGCUUUCUCAAUUAACGGCCACCGCGCGUCCCCGGGAUCCAGAAGUGAGAAGUCAAGAAAAUGUCUGAGGUACAUGGCACUCGGAUGGCUUCCAUGUCUGAUGUUUGUUGUCAUUUGCGUAUCCCUCGACCAAACAGGAAUCGUUGAUAUUGGAUACGGCUUUCUGCAGUUCUGCUGGAUGGCUAAUGGACUUGCUAUAGUAUACAUAUUCGCCAUUCCUAUUGCGCUUGCAAUAAUAGUUGACGCCGUCUUUUAUGGCCUCACCGUCAAAGCCAUAAAGACCACAGCCAGCCAGGCCCAAAUGGCUGCAGAGAAUUCCAAGAGGCGAGGUCAUUUCGGUAUCUACGUGCGCCUGGCAUCAGUGAUGGGCUUCACGUGGGUGUUUGGAUUCGGUGCUGCUCUCUUGUGGUCGCCGCUGUGGUACGUUUUCGUGUCGCUGAACUGUCUGCAGGGGGUGUACAUCGCGGCGGCGUUUGCACUAAGUGACCAGGCCAAAAGACUGUACCGAGAGCUCCUGGGUAUCAAGGCUGAUGAGAAGAGAAAUACUUCCACGAAAAGUGCAACAGAAGCUCACGAUAACAAGAUUGACUCAACUAAAAUGUAACAAUAAGAUCAAGGAGCUAGAUAUUUUGCUUUACAGGUUUCUGCUAAAAUGAUCCAGUAAUGUGUUUAAAGCUAAAUCAAAGUACUCAUA